AUGCAGGUGCUAAACUUGGUUCGUGACUUUGAACUGCAAAAGAUGAAGGAGACAAAAACCAUAAAGGAGUAUUCUAACAGACUACUCAACAUAGCAAAUCGUGUAAAAUUAUUGGGUUCUUUUUUAGAAGAUUCAACGAUUGUUCAAAAAAUCCCUGUGACAAUGCUUGAAAGAUUUGAGGCUACCAUCACCACCUUAGAAAACAUGAAGGAUUUGUUAAAGAUUGCUUUGACAGAACACUUGAGUGCAUUGCAAGCACAAGAGCAGAGGCAUGUAAUGAGGGAAGAAAUAAUCGUCGAAGGAGCUCUACCAGUCAAGCAACAAGAUGAUGAAAAGAAUAGGUGGCCUAAGAACAUGAAGUUUCAAGCUACAAGUGGAUAA